UGGCCAAAUCAAGGGCGGAAAAGGAAAUGAAAAAAUUCGAAAAUUCUCUAGCAAAUAGUGAAAAAGAAUUAGAAGUAUUAAAUAAUGAGAUAGAAAAUAUUACAAAAGAAAUUCAACAAAAAGCUAAUGUUGCACGUUCCAUUCGUAUUAAAGCCGAUGAAGCCAAAUCUAAAUUGGAAAGUAAAAAAGAAGAAUUAGAUGAGAUCAAGGAAGAAUUUGAUGAAAAAGCCGAAAUUAUUAAUCAAAUUAGAGCAAUUGAGUUAAAAAUCCAAAACCAAAUAGAAGAUAGUGAACGCAAUUUGACAGAAAAUAAACAAAAAGAAAUUCAUUGGCGAAAAUGUCUUAGUAACCUUACACUUCAUGAAAUCGGGGGUGACGAAGAGCAAGAAUUUCAAAUCUAUACUGAUGAUGAGCUCCAUGCAAUUAACAAAGAUACAUUACAAGGAGAGAUUGAUAUUCUUAAAGAAAAAACCGAAAACGCCAACCCAAAUCUAAAUAUUCUGAAGGAAUAUAAGAUUUGUGAAAAAGAAUAUAUAUUACGUCAAAAAGAUUUUGAAGAGAUUACUUUCAAACGUAAUGAAUGUAAAGAGAAUUACAAUAAUUUAAGGAAGCAAAGAUUGGACGAAUUCAUGAAUGGAUUUAAUAUUAUUUCUCAAAGGCUUAAAGAAAUGUACCAGAUGAUUGCACUUGGAGGAAAUGCCGAGCUGGAAUGUUGCGAUAGCUUGGACCCCUUUUCGGAAGGCAUUAUUUUUAGUGUUAUGCCGCCGAAAAAAAGUUGGAAGAAUAUUUCGAAUCUAUCUGGUGGAGAAAAGACAUUAAGUUCUUUAGCAUUGGUAUUUGCUCUUCACCAUUUCAAACCUACACCCAUAUAUGUUAUGGAUGAAAUUGAUGCGGCCUUAGAUUUUCGAAAUGUUUCGAUCGUCGCUAAUUACAUCAAAGAACGUACUAAGGAUGCACAAUUUAUUGUAAUUAGUUUACGUGAUAACAUGUUUGAAUUAGCGGAUCAUUUAGUAGGGAUUUAUAAAAUUGAUGAUCAGUCAAAAUCAGUUACUAUUAAUCCGAGUAAAUUUCGUGAACUUACGUUAGGUGAAGUCUCGAUAUAG